CUCUCUCAAACUCCCUGCACUCUCUCGAACUCUCUCAAAAUCCCUGAGAUUUAAAAUACACUCUAGCUCCCCCGAAAUCACUCGAGGACUCACUCUGAAACAUAAUAAUCACUGUAUAGAAACUAUCAAAUUAGGUUCUCCGAAUCGUAGCAAACGUCAUCAAAUCAAAACCCAAUAUCUAGGUUUUUCCCAUGGAUAAAUUCGCUUUGUACUCUUACCAAUCUAUGCGAUUCUUGGAUAAAUUCGCUUUAUAAUCGUAGCAAACGUCAUCAAAUCAAAACCCAAUUUACUAGUUUCUUGGAUUUGAACGGCGAAUUUGGUGUGAUUCAUUCGUGAAAUCGGUGCAUCAUAACGUUUCGAGGAAUUUUUCAGGCUCAGAAGUUUCAGUUUCAGAAUUUGUAUCAAUUGGGUUCUGAUAGUUGCUGAAUAGAAUAAUCUUUACAAGAAGAUUGUACUGAAUUGUGUAUUUUAGUUCGAUUUCAAUUUCAAUAUCAAUUUCAUUUUCAUUUUCUUCCUUUUGUAAUAUGGCUGUGUACUAUAAAUUCAAAAGUGCGAAGGAUUUCAAUUCGAUUGCAAUAGAUGGUCAUUUCAUUUCGGUUUUCAAUUUGAAAGAACAAAUUUUUGAAUCAAAGCAGUUGGGAAAGGGUACAGAUUUUGACCUAGUUAUCACCCAUGCUCAGACUAAUGAAGAAUACAAUGAUGAAGCCAUGUUAAUACCAAAGAAUACAUCAGUUUUAGUUCGCCGUGUUCCUGGAUGCCGCCGUAUACCCAUUGUCGUUGAAAGAGAAAGGGAGAAGGUUGUGGAGAACGAUGAGGUUGCUCAACCUGCCAAGAGAAACUUUCCUGUGGUUAAUUCAUCUGUUGCAAAAAAUUCAGAGGAGAGAGAAUGGGAUGGAUCAGGAAAUGAUUUCUAUGAUACUCCAAGAGCGCUGCCUGCCCAAUCAGAAUUUCCAUCUCAGGAGGCUACUUUUAUUAAUAAAGCGGAUGAGGACAGCAAAAUUAAAGCUUUCGUCGAUGCACCCUCGUUUGAUUGGCAACAGCAAUCUCAGGGGACUUUUGGCGCUGGUAGGGGGUUUGGAAGGGGUAUGGGUGGAAGAGCAAUGGGUGGCAGGGGAUUUGGGCAAGGGGGGAUGGAAAGGAGGACCCCUCCAGAGGGUUAUAUAUGUUACAGAUGCAAGGUUCCGGGGCAUUUUAUACAGCAUUGCCCUACUAAUGGUGAUCAUAGUUAUGAUGUCAAAAGGGUAAAUCCACCCACUGGUAUUCCAAAGUCGAUGUUAAUGCCCUCCGCAGAUGGCUCAUAUGCACUGUCAAGUGGUUCAGUUGGUGUGUUACAGCCUAAUGAGGCUGCUUUCGAUAAAGAAUUUGAAGGCUUGAACUGUACUAAACGGCUGAUUGAUAUACCCCCAGAACUCCGCUGUCCAUUGUGCAAAGAAAUAAUGCAAAAUGCUGUCCUUACAAGCAAAUGCUGUUUCCAAAGUUUCUGUGAUAAAUGUAUCAGGGACACCAUUAUCUCAAAAUCGAUGUGCAUUUGUGGGGCUACAAACAUACUUGCUGAUUACCUUAUUCCUAAUAAGACAGUUAGAGACACCAUUAACAGCAUUCUUGAAUCAAAUAACAGUAGUGCCGGCUAUACUAGAAGCAUACUUACUACUCAAGAUACAGAGUCUGCUCGUUCGUUACUGCAUAAAGUUCCAUCACCUUCUCUCUCUGCUUCUUCCAAGAAUGAAAAAAUACUUUCACCUCGUAAUGAUGUCAACACUACGAAUGCCAAGGAGACUCUGGACGAAGGAAAUCGUGUCAGUAUGCCACUGCAGUCCGUUGAGAAGACCCAGUCUGCAGAAACUGUUAAUGUAACUGAUAAUAAAGUUGAGGUGAUAAAUAUAAAAGGACAGAACAGUGCUCCACAAAAGGAAGCGGAAGCUCAAGGAAAGAAGAAAAAGAAGAAAGCCCGCGUUCCUGUAAAUGCUGGAGACCAUUGGGGAGCACCUCAGGAUAUUGCAGCUGUUAAUUAUAUGAUGCCUUUUGCCCCUCCAACCUUUAACAACAAUCCAUACUGGGGAGGAAUGCAACUUGGGAUGAAUAGCCAUAUGGGUCCAUAUAACUGUGCAAUGCCUUACAUGGGUUAUGCUCCUGGUCCUAGUCCAUUCGAUAUUCCUAUUGGGGGGAUGUAUCCUCAAGGCUUACAUCAAGGCCCCUUUGGAGGUCAAGGGUAUUCCAUGGCAAGUGCUCCAUUACGGAGGGAUUUAUCAGUGUCUGGUAUGGGCUUAAAACCAAAUCCCAGUUUUUUGAGCAGAGAGGAGUCCGAGGCACGGAAAGCUGAUUUACGGAAAAAACAUGAAAAUGAAAUGCGUGAUGAAAGGGCAUACAUCAACAAUCAGGAAUUUAAUAGGGAAGCAACCAACAGGGCUGAGGUUUCUUCAACGAAAUCGCGACUUGUGCAGAGGCAAAGUACGCAAGAUGAAAAAAUGGUCGACCAUCGCCCUCGUCACCACAAUGAUGGGUCAGAGAGGUCAUCAAGUAGACCGCAGAAAAGGAGUAAAGUUAUACCUGAUCACGAUGAAUCGAGCGAAGAUGAUGACAGAAACUUUAAGAGAAAGAGAAGCUCAAAGGAAAUUAACCAGUAUCACGGGAGGGAGUAUGAGCACAGGGAUUAUGAACGGAAGAUGAGCAAGGAACAUGGCCACAGAUACAGAUAGCCAGAGAUGGAAGAAUCUGUAUGAAUCCAGAAGGGUGUUGUACAAGUUCUUUAGCUUUCCCCUCCAGGAAUCCUGUAUAUUAUAUGUUAUAAAGUUAUUAUCAUGUUGUCAGAAAUCAUUGGGCAUUCAUCUUUUCCUGUAUAAAUAAAAGUGUUUUUUAAGCCUCUA